AUGUCCAGCGCGAACCAGCUGUUCCUGCUGGCCGACCACAUCAAGUUAUCACUGCUCGAACGGCAACGGGCGCAGAGCCUUAAUCUCGAUGCGGAGUCAAAUGACGGACACAUUUCGCGGUCGCUAGACCAAUUCAAAGAUGGACUUACCGCGUUGGAACAGGAGCAGACGCGGCUCGAGGAGGCCGGGGAUGAGGAUGGUGCCUUGACGAUCGGCGAUAAUCUGCCCGGUCUGCGCAAACAGUACGAUGACCUGACCUCACAGUUCCACGGCUUCUCCACGCCGUCGACAACCUCAACGCUCACGCAUCCGAACGACCCCGCCCUGGCGGCCGACUUCGACCAUGCCACCACCUCCCCCAAGGACCUCGCCGCCUCGUCCUCGUCCCUGCGCCCCAAGGGCCAGCGCAGCGGGUCCAAGACGGUCCGCUUCUCCGACAACCCGUCCGACGGGCGGGAUCCGGAUCUCGAGGCCCAGCUCUUCGGGUCGCGGUAUCGGGACAACCCGAACGACGACAACGCGGGCUACCGCGACGAGAUCGAGGCCCAGGGCAUGGACAACCAGCAGAUCCACACGUACCAUCAGCAGAUCCUGGACCAGCAGGAUGCGCAGCUCGACGCGCUGGGCGUCUCCAUCUCCCGCCAGCGCGAGCUGAGCAUGCAGAUCGGUGACGAACUCGACGACCAGGUCGCUAUGCUGGACGACGUGGACGGCGCCGUCGAUCGGCACCAGGGGCGUCUUGACCGCGCCCGGCGACAGGUGACCAAGAUCUCGCGGAGUGCCAGUGACAAUAAGCAAAUGGUCGCUAUCAUCGUCCUGAUUGUCAUCCUGAUUUUGUUGAUUGCGCUCCUGAAAUAG